AUGUUCAUAUUUGGCGUUGGCCGCCGGUGCCCAGGAAUUUCCCGUCAUGCUCCCCGGGCGGCGGGCCCGUCACCGCGAUCCCGGGGGGCGGGGGGGCCGGCGCCGCUCGCUCGCUCCCUCGGGCCUCUCUCAUGCGCGCUGCGCCGCCGCUGCUCCCCGCGCUGUGUCUGGCGCUGGCGGCUGCCGCAGGAGCCGCAGCUCUUGCCCCUGUUCUUUGCCUCUGGUUUUGUUGGUGAGGAUAUCACAGUGAUGUCUGCAUUCAACCUGCUGCAUUUGGUGACAAAGAGCCAGCCAGUGGCCCUGCGAGCCUGUGGGCUUCCCUCAGGGUCAUGUAGGGAUAAAAAGGACUGUAAGGUGGUCUUUUCCCAGGAGGAGCUGAGGAAGCGGCUGACACCCUUGCAAUACCACGUCACUCAGGAGAAGGGGACUGAAAGUGCCUUUGAGGGGGAGUACACAUACCAUAAAGCUAAAGGAAUAUACAAAUGUGUUGUUUGUGGGACACCUUUAUUCAAGUCAGAAACAAAGUUUGACUCCAAUUCAGGUUGGCCUUCCUUCUAUGAUGUAAUCAGUCCUGAUGCAAUUACUUUCACUGAUGAUUUUUCCUAUGGGAUGCAUCGGGUCGAAAUAUCCUGCAGUCAGUGUGGUGCUCACCUGGGGCAUAUUUUUGACGAUGGACCUCGCCCAACUGGCAAACGGUACUGUACAAACUCUGCUUCGUUAUCUUUCAAGCCAGCAGACAAGAACAAUGCCGGGGAAAGCAGCGGUAACACCAGUCCUGCCCAAACAGGCAAAACUGAGCUGUAGGACGACACAAAGCCUGCAGAAAACGGCGCUGAUCCCACACAGCUUACAAGGAAUGUUUUCUAAGUUGCCUGCUCUCUUACAUCCUAAGAGUCUUUAAAUGUAUGAAGACAUUUUGCACCAUACUUCUUCCUCACCUUUUGGAACUGAGGCCUUGCCUGCCAGUGCAUUUACUAUAUAAUUGGAUUGAAAAAUGUGUUGACUGACUUCACAGGUUUUCUUUUCCUUUCUUUUCUUUGAGAUUGCUUUGGGGAAAUCCUUAAACAGAGAGGCUUUGAUGGUCAUCAGCUAUUAGUUUCUUCUCAGUGCUGUGUUACUCUAGGUUUGAACAGUGUUCCUUUUGUGUGGGAGACGGGGACUUGUAUUUAUCUCUAGUCUAUAGGAAACUUCUGGGAAUAAGGAAAUGCUGAAUUCCUAGCACAUCUCUGCUUUGUUCUGACUUGCGAGGCAUGCAGCCUUUGGUCGUAUGUAUUCAGCCAUCUCCCAGCAAAGGCCGCACCCUGCAAAAACUUGUAGUUAUGGCUGUUCCUUCCCAACUGAGAGAGAUGGGUGAGAUGGAAAGCCUGUCCUUUGGCUAACUUAAUCGCCAAAAUUUCAAGGGUGUGGUGGAAAGGAUGUAAACAUUGUCUCAGCGUCUAUUUUUCCACUUUGGUUUUUAAAUCCAAAUUUUAACUAGUAAGGCUCAUUUUUGUGGGCUGCUAGUGAGGCUUUGUCUUUUUGUGAGGCCCAUUCAGCAACCGUAACUCAAGUCUGAAUUAAAGUUGAAAUUUGCAGGGGUUAAUUAUACGGACAAGUGCAGACAUAAACCUGAGAAGUGAAGCAAAUGAGGGAUGACACUAGGCUCUUUAUCUGGUCAAUUGCUACAAGGAUUCGGACAUGCAAGAGUUUCUGCUAAAAGGAAGUUUAGGAAAGAGCGAGACAAAAAGAGAGAGACUCUCCUGAGGUUUUAAAGAUGAACUGGUCUGGCUGCAUACUGCCUAGAAGGCCACAGCCUUUAAUUUGUGUGAUUGCAUUGUAGGACAUUAGUGAGGGGAUUGGUUUAAGAAAUGAAUUUGCAAAACGUCUGUCAGAACACCAGAAAUUUUCAUGUAGCAAAGUUUGAUUUCCCUUAAGAUGUUUUUUCACAGCCACUUUUAGAUUUUGUUGAGUAACAGUUUGUCCAGAACUGUGCAUAACACUGUUCAUUAAGCUAUAGUGUACAAUAUUUGCUCACACCACUUUGCCUUUAAUCAUUGAGAGACUCAAUGAAUAUAGUAUUUACUUUUAUUAGCAAACUUUGUGACUAACAUGUUCGGAAUGAAUAUAAUUUCUAGUAGGAGCAAAGCUACCACUGUUUUUUGUGGAAACAGGACUUAAGUUUUUUUUAUGUCAGUGAUAAUAAACAUGUUAUCUAAAGUAUAAGCAUCCUCAGUUAAAAUAUGGCUAUUUAAAAAGAAAUGGUCAGAAUUGUCUCUUUUUUUAGCAACAUAGGAAAGACAUGACAAAAGAAUGAAAUACGUCAACAUCAAAUAGAUGCAAGUCAGGAUGAUAAAUAUUUAAGGCUAAAAUACUUGGGCUUUACUGUAGUGAGCACCUACUCAUGUGAGUAUUCCCCCAGAUGUCAUGCAAGGAAUUGCUUAUCGACUGUGGGACUGACCUUUGGUGUUUAAAGGUGGUCGAGUUUCUCCUGGUCCCAUUGGAUUUUCACAGUUUCUUCUAGAAAGACUGCUUUUAUCCCUUGCUUUUAUUUAAAGAAAAAAAGGCUUUCUCUACCACAUUUUCUGACAUCAAUGUAAAAAAGGCAGCAUCUAUAAAAAUGUGGUGCAUAAAUGUGGUUUAAUUCCAGGUUGCUAUUGGAUUUAAGUGUUAUCAAAUUUCACUAUAUUCCUGCCUUAUGUUAAAGAAAUAUAUUGCUUAAACUUCAGUCUGCAGUAAUGUAUGCUGUCCUACAGGAGAUUUAUUCUUGCAGGAUAUGGAGUGCAAUGAAAUGAGUCAAUAUGGUGAGGUGUAUGUGAUCUCUGGGAGUUAGAACCAGAGUUAUUUAGCAUAGGAAAUGCAUUGUUCUCUCUGUGUGCAAACUACACCAGAGUGCAGUACGAGGUAAGGCAGAUUUCCUUUUAUUGCUCGUAGAAGAUGCUCGUAAGGGCUAGUAUUGAACCCUCCAAAGCUGGUUGAGUCUGGUUAUGCUCAUGACAGAGGAAACUUGGAAGCUGAGCACAAUGUAUAGAAUAAUAGGAGAAUAUUUCUGUAUGUUCAGAUUUUACACUGUCUAGAUGCUUAUAAAAACUGAAUGCAAACUCUGUAGAAAUAGCAGACUGUAUUUUAUAAUAUCUCUAUUGUUACUCAGAUGUUUAAAUAGCAUACCUUAAGAUACCGUGUAAGUCACACAUGUUAUUUAUAUAUACUAUAUAUAUAAAAUUGCACAUGGUUUUUAUAUAUAUAUAUAUAUAUAUAUAUAUACACGUACACACACACACACAUAUUAUCCAAGUAUCAUUUUAGCCUUCA